CAGGUAGCUAGUGGUAGGUAAAGAAUGUACCUAUUCUCGACGUAUGUACACGUAUAUACCGGCGUUGCUGCUGAAUACCAGAUAACGAGGCCAUGAUUACCCAGGUGAUCCUACUGUUGAUGCUUAGUAUCCAGGACAGUAUCUCGGAAGGCCUGAUCCCGGUGAAACAUUACCGUGAGCACCCCUGUAUACGAAAAUGUGAAGUAAACGCGCCCAUGGACUGCAAGUAUGAUUUCCAAGCUGAGUAUUUCUACACUCUCACCAAAGCCUGUCGGGACUGCCCCUACAACGUUACAGACUGCUACAGAUCUGGCUGUAUUCCGGCCGACGGUAACUCCCGGGCAGUCUUUGUUAUUAACAGAAUGUUGCCUGGACCAGGCAUACACGUUUGUGAGGGAGACACCGUUAUUGUUAACGUCCAUAACAAAAUGAGUGGAGUAGGUAUGUCAAUUCAUUGGCAUGGGAUCCUACAGCACAACUCUCCACAUAUGGACGGUGUUGGUAUGCUAACUCAGUGCCCCAUACAUUCCUUUUCUUCAUUCCAAUACAGGUUUAAAGUCAGAGAUCCAGGCACCCACUUUUGGCACGGACACUCUGGACUGCAUCGCUCUGAUGGAAUCUUUGGAGCCUUUGUUGUUCGACAAGCCGCAGAACGCGAGUUCCAUCACGGUCUCUAUGACUACGACCUCCCCGAACAUACUAUGCUCGUGAACGAUUGGUUAAUGGAACUAACUCUGGAUCGGUUUGCCAAUCAUCAUCAAGCUAACGGAGAUAAUAAACCGGCUUCGAUGCUCAUCAAUGGCAGGGGAGCUCAUCGUGUUUUCUACGACAAUGAACAAAACAAAAAUAUCACAACACCACACGAAGUGUUUAAUGUUGAGCGCGGACGUCGUUACAGAUUCCGGAUUAUAAGCAAUGGCAUAUUUAACUGCCCAAUCCAGUUAUCAAUUGACAAUCAUACACUCCGCGUUAUCAGCAGCGAUGGAAAUCCUUUUAAUCACAUAGACGUUGAAACUAUCAACAUAUUCGCCGGUGAGAGGUAUGACGUGGUUAUUCUGGCUGACCAGGAGGUGGGCAAUUAUUGGGUUAGGGCACGGGGACAGGCCGAUUGUGCUGUAAAGAAUGCGUACCAGCAAGCCAUCCUUAGGUACAACGGAUCUGCCGAGGAGCUUCCAGAUCUCCCAACAGGCCAUCAGUUUGGAGCUCGUGAAGGAAAGAAACUCAAUCCUUGGAAUAAGAAAGCGACAGAUAUGCUUGUACCGGUAACGUAUCUCGAGAAUUUGCGUCCGUCCAAUAAAGCACUUCAGGAAAUACCAGACAAAAAGUUUUAUCUCGCCAUGGAUUUCAACAACAUUGACAACUUCAACUUUUACGUCGGGCCUGAAUAUGUGUCCCCUUCUACUGUAGUGGAGGCGUACAACCACCUAUUGUCACCACAAAUCAAUUACAUUAGCAACAUACUACCGCCAUCCCCUCCUCUCUCGCAGUUCCACGACAUACCACAGGAGAUGUUCUGUAAUGCUGACACCGUACAAAGAAAUUGUUCCCAGGAAUAUUGUGAGUGUAUUCACACUCUCAGGGUGGACCUUAAUGACACGGUUGAACUCGUCAUCAUAGAUGAAGGGAAAAUUUGGGAUGCCAAUCAUCCCAUGCAUCUUCACGGUCACAAAUUUAGAGUUAUAGGAAUGGACAGGCUAAAUAAGUCCACCACCCUUCAGGAAGUUACGAAGCUGGACAAUGAAGGAAAACUGAUGAGGAAUCUUACGUCACCAGUUGAUAAGGACACGGUGACCGUCCCUGAUGGAGGAUAUGUCAUCCUCCGUAUCCAUGCCGACAAUCCAGGUUUCUGGUUCAUGCAUUGUCACAUUGAAUUCCACGCCGCCAUUGGAAUGGGGUUUGUGCUUCAGGUCGGCGAGCUCGACCAGAUCCCUCCCGCUCCUGAAAACUUCCCUCGGUGUGGGAACUGGCCGAACACCAUGACAACAACUCCACCACCGCCCCUCGCUGACGCUGCAUCCUCAGUCCAUACCAACAUCACGAGUUUGAUGACAAUAUUCUUUGUUUACCUUCUAAUAGCAUAACUACAAGGUGGAUACUUCAAAACACAUGUACCUUUGAUCUACUGAAAAUUACAUAAGCAUUGAUAUUUCUACUCAUUAAACUCUCUUUUUUGGAUAAAUAAGUAUGUGGUCACAGGUUUGAAUAUAAACUCAGCGACUAAAUUUUUACAUGUUUAAUGUUUUUGCGUAAUUUUGACUAGUAUGUUAUCUGAUUAAUUAUGGAAUAUAAUUUUUAACCUUGUUUCUUGACAUGCAUGAUAUAUUUAAUUGACUGUUUAUACUGAUAUAUUUUAUUGUUGUAUAUGACUAUUAUUAUAUGACAUUUUCUGUUUAGAUUACUACAGUACUGUGUUAUGUGGCUAAUACGAUGUCUCAUUAGGAUUAAUACUGUUCUGUGUUACAUGGCUAGUACGAUGUCCCAUGAAGAUUACCACUGUACUGUGUUACGUGGCUAUUACGAUGUCCCAUUAAGAUUAGCACUGUACUGUGUUACGUGGCUAGUACGAUGUCCCAUGAAGAUUAACGCUGUACUGUGUUACAUGGCUAGUACGAUUUCUCAUUAAGAUUAACACUGUACUGUGCUACGUGGCUAGUACGAUGUCCCAUUUCUAUUAACAAUGUACUGUGUUACAUGGCUAGUACGAUUUCUCAUUGAGAUUAACACUGUAAUGUGUUACAUGGCUAGUACGAUGUCCAAUGAAGAUUAACACUGUACUGUGUUACAUGGCUAGUACGACUUCUCAUUAAGAUUAACACUGCACUGUGUUACAUGGCUAGUUCGAUUUCUCAUUAAGAUUAACCCUGUACUGUUUUACAUGGCUAGUACGAUGUCAUAUGAAGAUUAACACUGUACUGUGUUACGUGGUUAGUACGAUGUCCCAUUAAGAUUAACACUGUACUGUGUUACAUGGCUAGUACGAUUUCUCAUUAAAAUUAACACUGUACUGUGUUACGUGGUUAGUACGA